UGUAAUAAAUCAAGCGAUAAUUUCUGCUACAUUUGCGGAAAGAUUACUGUUCUCGGCCAAAGAAAGCUUAUCAAGCCCAGGAUCAGUACACUUUACAAGCAAUAUUUCAACUUGGAUAUAACAAAUCAAGAUCGUUGUUGGGUACCUCAUAUUGUAUGUGUUUCAUGUCGAAAUCGCCUAAAUGAUUGGGCCAGAGGCAAAGGACACUUCACUUUUGGCAGGCCGAUGAUUUGGAGGGAUCCAAUCAACCACGCCACCAACUGCUACAUUUGUUUAACACAUGUAUUUGGUUUUUCCAAAAGAAAUAUACAAAAUGUGCAUUAUGCCACUGUCGAUUCGGUUACGCUCCCUGUUCCACAUUCUGAUGAAAUUCCAAUUCCACAAUCACCACAACAGUGUGCACAACAUCCCGAUUCAUGUCCGGAAGAAGAUGAAGACGAAGAUGACGAAUUUUUAUAUGGACCAUCAACCAGUUCCGAUCCACUAUACAUUCCAGAUACAACGGAGCCGCAUAUGUUGUCACAGGGUGAUUCAAAUGAUCUUGUUAGGGAUCUGAAUUUAUCAAAAAACAUGUCAGAGCUAUUAGGCUCGCGACUGCAGCAGUGGUCUUUACUUCAAAAAGACGUUAGCAUUAUAGCUGUUCGUCAAAGAAGCGCACAUUUGGCGGAAUGCUUCGCAACUGAGGGUAAAAUCACUUAUUGCAAAGACAUUCCUCAACUUUUCCAAGUAAUGCAACAGGAGUUCGUUGCCGAUGAGUGGCGGUUAUUCAUCGAUGGAGCCAAAACCAGCCUCAAAGCUGUUCUGCUAAACAAUGGAAACGUGAAACCAUCCAUUCCGGUAGCAUUUGGUAUAGGCGUAAAAGAGGAGUAUGACACAAUGAAACAAAUUUUGAAUUUGAUUCAGUACACGCGUUUCAAUUUCAAAAUUGUGGCAGAUUUGAAAGUUAUUGGUUUGUUGAUGGGCCUAAAGAAAGCCUAUCCGAAAUACCCGUGCUUCUUGUGCUUAUGGGACAGCAGGGCUUAUUCACAGCACUAUACUACAGCAAAUUGGCCAGCAAGAACAGCGAAUACGAAUACGGAAGAAUACAGCAUUAUAGAACGGCAACUCGUACCGAAAGAGAACAUUAUUUUACCGCCGUUACAUAUAAAACUGGGUUUAAUGACGCAAUUCAUAAAAGCCCUCGGAGAAGAUCACCCAGUAAUGGAUUUAUUGUACACAAUGUUUCCAAGGUUGAGUACAUCGAAAAUCCAUCAAGGGAUAUUUGUUGGCCCACAAAUAAGGAAAGUUCUACAUAGUGCAGAGUUCGAAGAAACACUAACACUUGUCCAACUCAGAGCUUGGAUGUCUUUUGAACGUGUUGUUGAUGGGUUUCUUGGAAAUUAUAGGGACCCAAACUAUGAAACACUUAUCGCCGAAAUGUUGAGAAACUAUGGAGAUAUUGGGGCUCAUCUAUCUCUGAAAAUGCAUUUCCUGAAGUCCCAUUUAAACUUUUUCCCUGAUAAUCUCGGCGAUUUUAGUGACGAACAUGGGGAACGGUUUCAUCAAGACAUCGGCGAUAUGGAGGAUAGGUUCAACAACCGCUACACACCGAACAUGUUGGGUGAGUAUUGCUGGUAUAUUUUGAGAGACACCAGGGCUAUCCACAAAAGACGAGGACCAAAGAAACACUUCUAAUACCAUAAAUAUAUCGUCUGUCC